AUUGAAAGAACAAAAUUGGAAUGCAUGAUUUACUAAGAGACAUGGGAAGAGUGAUCGUCCGCAAAAAAUCAAGAGAGGGAGGCAAGGAGCCUAGUAGGUUAUGGCGUUACAAGGAUGUUCAUUAUGUGUUGUCAAAAGACACUGAUUCAAUCUCGGGGAAGACGAUUGUCAGUGCUAAGAAGAAUGGAGGACUCUACUACCUUGAAGAUGAACUUGAAACUGGACAUCAACUUGGACAAAUAAGUUCUUUCUCUGAAUCCUUUUUUGUUUCAAAUAAUAAGGAUGAUGUUAUGUUGUGGCAUUUAAGAUUGGGGCACCCAAGUUUCAAAUAUUUAAAAAUCGUAUUUCCGAAAUUGUUUUUUGGUCAUGAUUUUUCUUCUUUUCAAUGUGAAAUUUAUGAAUUUUCAAAACAACACAGAAGUUCUUUUCCUGUCCAAACAUAUAAACCUUCAAAACUUUUUUCUAUUAUUCAUAGUGAUGUUUGGGGGCCUAAUAGGAUUAAUUCUUAUCCAACAAAAGAUGGUUUAUCACCUUUACUGAUGAUCAUACUAGACUUUAUUGGGUAUAUUUAUUAAAAGAAAAAUCAGAGGUAGGACAAAUUGUCAAGAAUUUUAUUAAAUUAGUGCAGACUCAGUUUAAUUCCACUAUACAAGUUUUCAGAACUUACAAUGGAACUGAAUAUUUUAACACAGUUUUAGGAAACUUUUUUUUUUAUGGAAAAUGGGAUAGUUCAGCAAAGUACAUGUGUUAGCUCACCCCAACAAAAUGGAAUCACAGAGAGGAAAAAUAGGCACCUUCUUGAAAUGGCUAGAGCCUUACUUUUUUUCCACUAAAGUUCCAAAAUACUUAUGGGGUGAGGCUGUAUUAACUGUUGCACACUUAAUAAAUUGUAUGUCAUCUCUUGUUUUAAACCUUAAGACUCCUCUCGAAACCUUUUAAAAAUUCUUUCAAAGUGCCCCUAUUUCAGCCGAUUUGCCUUUAAAAAUAUUCGGAUGCACUACUUUUGUCCAUGAACACAAACAAAUAGGCAAACUUGAACGCGUGCUAGUAAACGUGUCUUUGUUGGAUAUUCCCCCACCCGAAAAGGAUAUAAAUGUUUAGAUCUCAAUUCUAAACGGUUUUUGGUAACUAUGGAUGUUACUUUUUUUUGAAAAUAAACCUUUUUUUUUAGAACGAUCAUCUUCAAGGGGGGAAAUCAAAUGAAAAUUCAUCUUAUUUUUUUUGAAGAUUUAAUUCUUUUCGAAAAUAUGUUUAUGUCACAUAGUUCUAGGCCAUUUGUAUCUAAAGAAAAUGCCCCAGAUAAUGUAAGUGAACAUACUCCUUCCAUGAGUGAGGAUGUCACAAAAUUAGUUGCAACAAACCAAAAUUCUAAUAAUGACUCUUUGGAACCUAAUGAUAAUCAAGAAUUGAUUCAAAUGUCACUACAUGAACAUCCUUAUAAUGAAACAGAAAGAAAGUUUGGAGAAGUUGAAGGAACUUGGAAAGGAAUAAUUUAUGGAAGAAGGAACCAUGAUAAGGUAGUAGAAGACUUGAUUCCUCAGCACAGUCAUGAAUCUGAACCGAGGGAGAAUCAACCUAUAAAAACAAACAAAGGUAAAGGUAAAAUUUCUCCAUUUUCAUGAUCCUAUUCUUGAUUUUCCAAUAGCUCAUAGGAAACCAGUUAGGGCUUGCACCAAGCACCCUAUGUCUAGGUUCGUAUCAUAUUCAAAUUUAUCCUCCUCUUUUUCUGCAUUUACCUCUCAUUUGUCUUGUAUAGAAAUUCCAAAGAAUGUACAGGAAGCUCAAAAUGUUCCAAAGUGGAAGGAAGCUAUGUUUGAGGAGAUGAGAGCUCUUGAAAAGAAUAACACUUGGAAUUUUAUGACUUUACUAGUUGGAAAGAAAAUUGUGGGUUGUAAGUGGGUGUUUAUUGUAAAAUACAACUUUGAAGGUUCAGUAGAAAGAUAUAAGGCAAGGCUGGUUGCUAAAGGGUUUACUCAGACACAUGGCCUGGACUACUCAGAUUUUUGCUCAUGUUGCAAAGUUGAACACUAUUAGGAUCCUCUUAUCUCUGGCUGCGAAUUUUGAUUGGCAUCUACAUCAAUUAGAUGUAAAAAAUGCAUUUCUUAAUGGUGAUCUAGAAGAAGAAGUGUACAUGGAUGGUCCUCCAGGUUUUGAAGAAAAAUUUGGGUCAAAGGUGUGCAAAUUGAAAAAAUCUCUUUAUGGUUUAAAGCAGUCUCCAAGAGCUUGGUUUGAAAAGCUUACUCAAUCAGUAAAGAAACAAGGAUAGACUCAAGGGAAGUCAUAUCACACUUUAUUCAUAUUGUACACUCCUGGUGAGAAAAUUACUAUUCUAAUUGUUUAUGUUGAUGAUAUAGUUCUUACUGGAGAUGAUGUGACAGAGAUGGAGAGACUAAAGAGAAACCUCGCAACAGAGUUUGAAAUCAAAGACUUGGGAUCUCUAAAGUACUUUCUUGGCAUUGAAAUAGCUAGAUCAAAGAAAGGAAUAUCGGUAUGCAACGGAAGUAUGUUCUUGAUCUCUUACAAGAAACAGGUAUGAGUGGAUGUAGACAUGUUGAUACUCCCAUGGAUCAAAAUUUGAAACUUUGGGAAAAGGGGGACACACCUGUCGACACAGGAAGAUACCAAAGAAAACUUUAGAUGUCAAGGGACUGACUUUAAAGAUGUCAAGAAUGGACGCCACAACUUAUUUGGAAACUAAAGCAUUCGAGAAGAUGAAUAAGCUUAAAUUGCUUCAACUUUCUGGUGUACAACUUAAUGGAGAUUACAAAUAUCUUUCGAAAGAUCUUAUAUUGCUUUGUUGGCAUGGAUUUCCUUUAAAAUGUACACCAGCUGACUUUCAUCAAGAAUGUAUCGUGGCUGUUGACUUAAAAUAUUCCAAUCUGGAACGAGUGUGGAGGAAGUCCCAGUUCAUGAAGGAGCUGAAGUUUCUUAAUCUUAGUCAUUCUCAUAACCUGAGACAAACCCCGAACUUUUCAAACUUGCCGAAUCUUGAAAAGUUAAUACUCAAAGAUUGCCCAAGUUUGUCCUCGGUUUCUCAUAGUAUAGGACUUCUCAAGAAAAUUCUUUUAAUAAAUUUGAAAGACUGUACAGGCCUUUGUGAACUUCCAAGAAGCAUCUAUAAAUUAGAGUCGGUCAAAGCUCUCAUUUUAUCUGGAUGUACAAAAAUUGACAAGUUGGAAGAGGACAUAGAACAGAUGACAUCUUUGACCACCCUGGUUGCGGAUAAGACUGCUGUAACAAGAGUGCCCUUUGCAGUAGUAAGAUCAAAAAGCAUUGGAUUUAUUUCACUGUGUGGAUUUGAAGGAUUAGCACGUAAUGUGUUUCCUUCAAUUAUUCAGUCUUGGAUGUCUCCAACAAAUGAUAUCUUGUCAUUAGCUAAAACAUUUGCAGGCACACCAGCUCUUGAACUCUUGGAUGAACAAAAUGAUAGUUUCUAUGGUCUACCAUCUGUUCUUAAAGAUCUUCAGAAUCUUCAACGUCUUUGGUUGGAAUGUGAGUCAGAAGCUCAACUAAAUCAAGCUGUUGCAAGUAUUCUGGAUAACUUACAUGCCAAAAGUUGUGAGGAAUUGGAAGCAAUGCAAAACACAGCACAAUCCUCAAAUUUUGUGACUUCAGCAUCCACUCAUUGUUGCAGUCAAGUUCGCGGUUCAAGCUCACAAAAUUCCUUGACAUCACUUUUGGUUCAAAUUGGAAUGAACUGUCAUGUCGUUAAUACGCUCAAAGAAAACAUUUUCCAGAAAAUACCUCCCAAUGGGUCUGGUUUACUCCCCGGUGACAAUUAUCCUAAUUGGCUAGCCUUCAAUGAUAACGGUUCUUCUGUAACUUUCGAAGUUCCACAAGUGGAUGGGCGUAGCUUGAAAACCAUCAUGUGCGUUGUCUAUUCUUCUUCUCCUGGUGAUAUAACAUCAGAAGGCCUUAAAGUUUUGUUGGUGAUAAAUUGCACAAAGAACACCAUUCAGCUCUAUAAGAGAGACGCAUUAUUAGCUUCCUUUGAUGAAGAGAUGUGGGAGAGAAUAGUAUCAAAUACAGAACCAGGUGAUAUAGUGAAGGUUAUGGUUGUUUAUGAAAACAAAUUUAUCGUGAAGAAGACUACAGUUUAUCUAGUCUAUAAUGAACCAAAUGAUAAAAAGAUAAAGCACUGCCUUGAGUCAGAUAAUAAGGACAUUGGAUCUAGUGGUGAUGGAAAUAUAUUUGGUAGACUCUUCUUCAGACUUCCUUCCCUUGUUCGAACUGUUCUGAUUUCACGACCUCUCUGGCUCUGUUUUCCUGUUAUUCUGUUUUGGUGGACUCGCAUUCUAACAAACGAAGAAGAUUAAGGAAAUGGCAUCCCAGAGCUCUCAAGGGACGAAAUUACUUUGGGAGAUGUCCAACAAUAUUUUAAAUUGUCGUCGUGGUUAACUUUAAUGUUGCAGAAAAUUACAGACAAAUAUAGUUGUAGAUACCUCAAAAGCAUUUAAGUUGCGAAUGAAAAUGCAGUUGCGGACUACAAUUUAAAACCAAGAAGUACAAAAAAGAAGCGGAGAACAUGAAAGAUGGGUUGAUGUCAGUCAGCAGGGCAUAUGAGUAGGAUGCAAAGCAAGUCAAGCAGUAAAAUUGAUGUAUCAGACAAAGCUAACAAGAAGGGGUAGAAAAUUCAAAUAAUAAGGAAUGUUCUCCCAAUACAAAUGAGUCAUAGAUCAGAGUAUCUUUCUUUGAUCUUCAUUUCAUUUGUGUUGUUGAUAUUUGGAUUUGUGUUGAAAGGGAUAGGGGGAUUGAUCUCCCAACUCAUAUUUAUUGUUAGAGUUGUGGAUAUGUGCUUCCUGGUCCUGGGAGACAUCGAUAAUCGUAUGUUCAAACCCUAGGCUCUCUUGGAUACGUUCUUUUUUUUGGAUACGUUCUGGAUAAACAUAUUAAUUUAUAACUUCUAGCAUAAGCGCUAUCGUGAUAAUCAUUUAUGGAUAA